GCCAUGCCGCGCGUGUUGCCGUACUACGCAGUCAAGUGCUACCCCGAGCCGGCGAUCCUCAAGCUGCUCAUGGCUCUUGGAGCGGGCUUCGACUGCGCGUCCAAGGGCGAGCUGGACAUGAUGCUGCGCAUGGGGGCAUCCCCAGCCCGCAUCAUCUUUGCUCACCCGUGCAAGCGCAGCUGCGACUUCCGCUUUGCUCGCGAGCACGGCAUCCAGUACACAACGUUUGACACGGUUUCGGAGCUUCACAAGAUAGCGGAGAUGGACCCGGAGUUUAAGCUGGUGCUGCGCAUCCGCGCCGACGACCCUGGAGCGCGUGUGCCGCUGGGCCUGAAGUAUGGCGCCGAGGUUUCGGAGGCGCCAGCGCUGCUGCGGGCGGCACGGGAGCUGGCCCUGGAGUGCUGCGGUGUCAGCUUCCACGUCGGCAGUGCUGCGAAGAACCUGGCGACUUUCACAAACGCCAUUGAGAACGCGCGCAAGGUCUUUGACGAGGCAGCGUCCCUAGGCUAUCGAAUGGACCUGUUGGACAUCGGCGGCGGCUUCACAGGUCACUUUGAUGAGAUGGGUAACGUCAUGUUUGGUGAGAUUGCCAACACCAUCAACGCCGCGCUGGCGAAGUACUUCCCCCCCGGAGGCGAUUUGGGUGACGUCCGCGUCAUUGCGGAGCCUGGGCGCUACUUUGCGGAGACAAGCUCGACGCUGCUGACGCCCGUGAUUGGCCAACGCGACCGCGUGGCUAAAGACGGCAGCAUCCACAAGGACUACUGGCUGACCGACGGACUGUACGGCAGCUUCAACUGCAUCGUGUACGACGGUCAAAACCCUGAGUUCCGUGUCAUACGCUCCCCGAUCCAACCGGAGCCCAUCGACACCCGCAGCUACGUCUCGACCUUGUGGGGGCCUACCUGCGAUUCCGCGGACGUCGUGUACAAGGAUGUGGCGCUGCCGGCACUUCGCAACGGCGAUUGGCUGUUGUGGCCCAAUGCUGGCGCCUACACAGUAGCGGGCGCCUGUGACUUCAACGGCAUCGAGUUCACGCACCCUUGCAAAGUGUACGUGUGGUCGGAUAGCGUCGUGGAUCCACCUGAGGAUCGAGAGGAGGCGCAGGAGCAGCCGCAGCCGCAGCAGACAGACGCGGAGUGA